AUGUAUCUUAUCGCCGCCGUUAUACUGUGCAGCCUGAGGGUUGCAGCGACUGAACAGCGCCACGACCCUCCGAACAAGAUAGCAAUUGUUGGAGCCGGAAUUGGAGGAACAUCAGCAGCCUAUUACUUACGUCAGAAGUUUGGGAAUGAUGUCCACAUUGAUAUAUUCGAGAAAGAUGAUGUGGGUGGCCGACUGGCUACAAUCGAGAUGGAAGGGAACCACUAUGAGGCUGGAGGGUCAGUGAUACACCCCUUGAAUCUCCAUAUGAAAACUUUAGUUAAAGAUCUGGGUCUGAGUACAUGCACAUUAUCUGGAAAUCUGCUGGGAAUUUACAAUGGGGACGAUUUUGUUUUUUCAAGAAAGUGAAUGGUAUCUUAUAAACCUUAUUAAAAAGCUGUGGUAUUAUGGACUGAAUUUCCUUCGAAAGUACAUGUGGGCGGAAGACCUUAUGGAUAAGUUCAUGAGGAUUUACCGCUACCAGAAGUUUGAUUAUUCUUUCUCCACCACGGAAUCUUUACUGUAUGCUAUGGGUGGGGAUGACUUCACAUCAAUGCUGAACAUGACCAUAGAUGAAGUAAUGCAGAAGUCUGGCUUCACAAAGAAGUUUAUUGAUGACAUGGUGGUUCCAGCUAUGAGAUUCAACUAUGGGCAAGGAGUUGAUGUUAAUGGCUUUGUUGGUGCUAUCUCUUAUGCUUGGACUGACUCUGGACUGUGGGCAGUGGCUGGUGGUAAUAAACUGGUUUGCAGUGGCCUGCUACAUGCUGCAAAAGCACAGCUAAUUCAGGGCACUGUCACGUCUGUGCAGGAGAAAGUUCACUCUACAAAGCCUGGAAAUACAGUGAAGCUGUAUGAAAUAAGCUAUGUAACAGACAAAGGACCUGGGUUGGACUUGUAUGACAUCGUAGUCAUCGCAACACCACUCAACAAGAAUCUUGGUAACAUAGAGUUUGUGGGCUUUGACCCACCAAUCGAAGCCUUGUAUGGACCCUACCAGCAGAUGGUGGUCACAUUUGUUCAUGGACGGAUCAAUACUUCCUACUUUGGAUGCUCCAAACCAUGUCACUUUCCACUGUCAGACGUAUUAACUACGUAUAACCCCAAACUUUUUAUCCACAGUAUUUCAGCCGUGUCUCCAGCCAAUCCAGUCCCAGAAUCUGACACAUCAAAGGCUUCAGGUCUCAGAGUCUGGAAAAUCUUCUCUCCGGAAGUCCUAACUGAUGAACAGUUGCAUCAACUGUUUGAGUCUUAUGAUGCAGUUAAAGUGAGAAAUUGGUUGGCUUAUCCAAGAUACAGCCCACCAGAGAAAAUACCACCAAUAGAACUUCAUCGCUCAAUUUAUUACGUGGAUGGUAUUGAAUGGGCAGCCAGUGCCAUUGAGAUGUGUGUCAUCGCUGCCAAGAAUGUGGCUCUUUUAUCUCACCAUCAGUGGUAUGGAAAGAAUGAUCACAUUGACCAGCAAGAUUUGGCAGAACGUCUAAAGUCUGAGUUAUAG